CAACACACCAAACAAAGGAAUAGUGGUCAUAGUGAUUGAAGAACAACGAGCAGAAGGCAUUUUCAUCUUAAAGUUCUACUAAACGGUACGUGCUCUGCAAAUAGAGGGCAAAAUGGAUCUGGAUGUCCUCCAGUAUUUGGCAAAAGCCAAAAAGAAAAAAGACUCCGGAGCUUUGCAGUCAGCCUUCAAUGAAUUGGAAGAGAUGGCAGAAGCUGACUCAGGAGGAACACUCAGCUUUGACCGACAUAUGUAUAUCUACUGUGCAGAAGUUGCUCUGGAGCUGGGUUGUUUGGAGAUAGCGGCCACCUGCCUGAAGAGGUUCUUUGCUGACAAUCCACCACCUGAUCAAUAUCUGUGUCGUGCCUUGCUCUGUCAGAGCCAACUGAAAGUUCCCCCGCCCACAGGGAACAUGGGAGACUUUAAAGAGAACGUCCAGUAUUUACUUAAAGCUAUGGACAUUUCAAAGCGAGAGAAAAGAUCGCACUACCUUGUGUUCAACGCCUCAGUACUGUAUCUCCAGAUGGUACGUCCUCUUCUCCAGCCAGGGCGGUGCUGCCACCUCGUAUCCUCCCUCAGGCAGGUGGUCAAAAGUCUGGAAUUGGUGGCAGACAAGGAGCACAGCUGGAGGGCUCAACUCAUGAUGUACCUAAUUGACUCUCUUUUGGAUGCUGGGAAAAGCGAUGAUGCUGCAAGUUAUGUCAGAGUUACCGAGGAAUUCGUCAGAAAACACUGCCCUCGUCUUUUAGCCGACGUCUUUCGCUUGCAGGUGUGGCACAACAUGUCCAAAAGGGAAAUCCUCCUCAAAAAAAGCCGUCAGUCUGCUACCUUAACUGUCAUUUUCAAAAUGCUGCAAUUCAAAAGGUGGUUGGGAGAAAUAAAAGAGGAGGAACUAGCAAAAAAGGAUUUGAAUGAGCUUGAGGAGAUUUUGAGUCUCCUGGGGGACUCCACAAAAGCUUCUCUUCGGACACCCAUUCCGCCAGCUGAAAGAGUGGUCUUCCUCUUGGAGCUGGCUCUGUUGGCCUUACAAGGGAAAAAUCACAAAAUGGCUGAGAAAUGCUUCAAAAAACUUAAGCCGGCAGGGGACACAAGUUUCGGUGAACAAAUAAUAAUGGAAUGUAUCAACUGUGAAAUAGAGCUCCGGAAGAAAGAGACAAAGACGAACGACUACUCCAAAUCCAGUGUGGAGGCCCGUCUCAAAGCAAUAGGAAAGCUAGAUCAGUGUCUGCUGGCUGCCGUCAGAGAGAGGGACCCUCAAGCUGUGCAGGCAGUUUGUGCAACCCAGUGGAGCUUCUGUCUUCCACUCUUGCAGCAUAAUCUCCGCCAACACGUUAAGACACCUAUGUUGCGGAUGGCUCAAACGCUAGAGGACAUGCAAUGCAUGCUGUUCCUCGUCCGAAGUCAGGUCCACGCUGAGCUUGCCGCGUCAGAAGAGGAAGACGGGCUCCUCGAGGCUUCGAUGACUCACCUACGAAAAGCCAUGCUGCUGGAUAAUGGCACGCAGAAAGAAAGAUUGUCGUCAGCUUUCCAUCUCCUUCAGCUCAGAAGAAACCUUUAUCAAACGCCCUCUCGGACCGAGGAUAAAGCUGCCAUGCUUAUGCAGCAGGUCAAGGACAGGCAGCCCCAACCAAAUACAGAUUGUCGUCCCUUACUGCUGACUGUGGGCCAACUAUUGGCCCCCGCUGAUUUCCAGAUGGUGCUGAAUGCAGAUAGCAUCUCCAAAAUUACCAAAGCCAGCGUGGGGUGUGGACCGAUAGCUCAGCUCUCCGCUGAGGCUCACAAUUACUAUGCGGCCGUACAGAAGUUGGAUGGAUACCUGGAUCGACAAGGAGAAAACGCUGACAACACAGAGAGAUUGAGCUUAUGGGCUACGCUUGCAAAGACAGCAAGAAAACAGGAAGUCUGGGAUGUGUGCAGAGUGGCUGGUCGAUUCUGUUUGCUCUAUGACGAAGCCAGAGCCAAGAUGUCCAUUUGUCGCAAAUCCAAAUGCUCAGAGGAAGAGAGCUCUACUGAAAACCUCAACAGCUAUGAAGAAAAUCAACCUUGUGCAAAAAAGUUGCGCCUUUUGGCUGAAAUAUGCUUUAUCACUGCUGAGGCUACUGCCCAAAAGCUCCAAAUGCAAGGUGUGCAGCUCAACAGCCCUGCAGUCUUGCCACAGGAUGUAGGUGUAUCUGAGGAUGACCCACAUUGGAUUAUUUACAGAGACUGGAUCCAGGAUCUGUCCGCUUAUGCCACGUCCACUUUCCUGCGAGCGGCCGAGCUCGGCACGCAAAUCAGGGAACCCUGGAUUGUGGCAAAUUCUGCCAUUUACUUAUGGAACUACAACAGGCACUUGCUGGUUACUGGAGACUAUAACUGUCUCAUCCCCACCUUCCAAAAGCUGGUAGAGAUGUUCCAAAAGACCCAAUGCACAGGAAAUCAUGCUUUAGUGGUGCUCCUUUGUGAUGCCGUGGCCCGAGGUUUGUAUGAAGAGCUUGCGCUACCGGUCAACAUGGGAAAAGUCCAAUCUGAGAAGACCAACGACGUGCUCGACCCUGAUGCUCUCCUGAAGGUUCACAAAGCUUUUGAGCUGUGUAACUACGCCCUUUCCAUAUCCCACGGCACCGCAGGGGAGGCAGUACCUAUUGCUGUCCAGAAGCAACUGGUGGCCACGUGGGCACAGAUCAAGAUCCUCCUGCAGCAGCAGGCUGGCUGCCAAACGGACAUCGGUGAAAAGUCACCCAUGAUUGAAGAAAUGUCACCUAUAACUCGUGUGCUGAUUGCAGUGGAGAUGCUUCAGUCGUAUAAAAAUUCCAGUUCCUCGGAAGGUUACGAUCCCAGUCUCUCAGCGUUGGUGAGCAUGGUGUCUCAAUGCAAGUGGACUGAUGCUGUGGUAGAGUUACAGACAUGGUGCCAGCUGGCCGCAUUCUGCCUUCAUGCCAAGGAGUACACUUUGGCCCUGAGCUGCACAGAGAGAGCCAUGGAUCUUGAGGAGGCCGCAUCAAAGUGUCUUAACACAACUCCUUGUCUUUUGUAUGGCUUGCCUGCAGUGAACGAGAUGCUGAGCACGGCAGCUUGCUUGAGGGGCUUAAGCUCAAUCCACCAGUCUAUCGGAGAUGUACAUAUUUACAAGAGAGCUAUGGACAUGCUUCUGUCCAGUAUCAGGUAUGCCCAAAAGGCAGGGCAUUCGGAACUAUGUUUUACAGCUGCCAGGCAUUAUUGGAACAAUUGCCUCCCUCUAACGCAUUCCCCGGAGGAAAGACAUCAGCUGAAAGAGCCCGUGGAGGCCAUUCUUAAUGCCCUCCUCCACACCUAUCCUAAGCAUACAAACAAGCAGGACAAAGUGAAAAAUAUGCAGAAAGGAGUCCCUCUUGGAAGUUCUAAACCUGAAGCACCAAAUGAAGAAGUCCUAACCCUAAGAUCAUCACUGUACUGUCUGUUGCUUCAAAUAUAUAUCGAUAGAGCAGAUUGCAACGGUGCUUUGCAGCUGUUGGAUAACGCCGUUCGAGAUAUGCCCGCCACUAAACAUCGACUAUUUCUGCUGAAAUGUCGCAUCCAAAUAAAGGCGCGGCUGGGGGAAAGCGUAUUGAUGGACAUGCAAACGUUACAAGGCAAAGAGGAGCACAAUUGCUCCUUGAUGUGGCACAAAGCAGCUCUGUGUUCUUGCCAUGUCACGCAGCAGCUCACCUGCUAUCAGAAGUCAGUCACCUCGCUCAUGUCUGAAGAAAAUCAAUGGCAAAAGGUCAGCUUCCUGCUUGCGUUCGGAGCAUGGAUGUUCUGUCACAACUUGUCGACAGAAGAGGCCCAACAUCAGGUUCAGUGGGCCAUUGAUAUUCUUCUACAUUUGGAAACGGAGCAGUCAGAAAAAUCAGAAGAAGACUCUCAGAAUAUGGGUCCGGGCUCAGUGAAAUGUGAAACUCUGGCUGUUGUUCAAGGACUGUCAUUCACACAAACGGUGUCCAACCUGAGGGAGGUGCAACGCCUCGACAGCUUGGUACAAGCGCACACUCUGCUUGCUGUCAUGGCAGAUCGGAAUUCACCGGAGCACCAGUUGAACCUGCUCAGAGCGUAUGACUUUGUUCUCCAAAUAUGGCAGAUGUCGGCGGCAGUUGUUUCUGCGACCCCCAGCGAACAAGCCAAAGGCCAGAAUCCCACACCUGUAGGGAACAAAAAAGACAAGGGAAAAGGCAAAAAAGUCAAAGAUCCUACCCCACCGGCAGUGAAUCCCAAACCUGACUUGGAUUCCACUCUUCUUUCUACUCUGGAGUUUUGGGUGAAAUACACGUGCUCUGAUCAGGUCCGUUACACCUUCAAAACCAAUUGUAACCCGCAGUGCAUCAAUAUUCACAGCAUUACAAAUCAGAGCCAGAGCUUGUUUUAUCUUGACCUUCUGGUAAAAGAGCUUGACUCGCUCUCAUUGAGUCACCUGACCCUACCUGUUCUGCACCUAGCUGAGACGUUUGCUCACGAUCUUUUGGAUAGGAAGAGCCUUUCGGACUUGUAUCGUCUCAGAAUAGUUCGGACCUGCUGUCAGCUUGGCAUGGAGACUGAUAGCUCCUAUCAUAAGACUCUAAUGAAUCUGACGAAAAUACAAGAACAAGAACAAAUUACGUGCCAUGGAGCAAUCACCCUUUCACAGGAGAGAAAAGGCCUCUAUUCAUCGCAGAAUCAGGAAUCCGAUACGGAGUCGCAUUUACAGAGGAAGAAUUUGUUUGGCUUGAAUAUUUGGGUUGACAAAGCAGAGGUUUGCCUGGAGAUGGGAUUGUACCAAGGAGCCCGGCAACUCCUGGCAGAAGCUCAGUUGGUCGCUCUAGAGUUUAAAGACCAGACUGUCAUGCCGAGGAUCUUACUGGGUAUGGCUGCUCUCGCUUGUGAGGAGCACAACUAUGUGCAGUCCCUCUACCUUCUGGAUAAGGCCCAAGCCCUGGGUGGGGACGAAUACUUCUGGCACAAGUUUACCCUCACAAAGCUUGAUGCUGUGUUGGGCCAGAGUGUCCAGGAUGCACAAGCCAAGAUUGAUCAGAUUGUCAAACAAGGGUGUGAGGCGUUGACGGUGGUUCUGAAGCGACGAGUGAACCGAGUCUCGGAGAUCACAUUUUUAAUGACAUCAUUAGAGAUGAGGGGCGCCAUUGAGUCUCUAAGUGGCAUUUGUGUCAGUGAGCCAGGAGUGCCACUGUCCACUCAGGAAUUGCAUAUACUGAAAGCUGCCUGUGAUACACUGGGCCAAUGUGCCAGGCUUUUCACCCAACUCAACUACAGAGAACAAGCUGCUAAGAGCCAUGAAGAGUGCACAUAUGGAUUGAGAUUUCUGGCCAACAAGGCUACGGACAAAAAAGAGAAGCAGCGUUUUCUCCUUGACGCCUUCUCCCACAUGCAGUUAGCAAUCUUAGAAGAAGAACAUGUGGUUUUGAAUGCUGAGAACCUGCUCCACCUGGAAGAGGCUAGUUGUAGAGUGAUAUUAUCACCCAAGUGGACGCUACUACGCCUGCGUCUCAGCCUGACAGAUGUUUGUUUGGCGAUACUAGAGGAACACUGUGAAGAAAUAGUCAACCGAGCCCUGGUCAAGGACAAGAGCACUGCUGAGAUAGCAAUUGAGGAUUUUAUGCGGAGCAUUCCUGAAACCAACUCUAUUGAACAGGAGUGGUUGAACGUGGGAAGCACAUUGGGCCAGACGUCAUUGUGCCAGCUGGCCGCUGUGAACUCUUGCUCGCUGGACGACAUGGAGAUGAGAGCACGUUUCUUGAGUUUGAUGGGAAAGACCCUGAGACUGCUGGCUGUGCAGGAGGAUCCUCUAUAUAUGUCUUCUCUCUGGGACAGACACUUGAAGGAAGGUACACGCGGCACGAGUAACACGGUUACAGAAGACAAUUUGGGAAGAGAGAAGGAAAGUACUUUAAGCAGUAACGAGUCCAAGAGGACCUCUGCUAAAAGCACUGAGCCACAGCAAAAAAAGUGCAAGGUUGAGCAUCUUUUGGCCCAAGCCAAGAACUUACUGUCUCAAACGGUUAGUCUAUGUCUUGAGCACAAUUUGCCAGCCUCCAUCUUGAGCGAUGCCUCUCUCAAUAUGCUGGAGUGUCUUGGCCAGUCAGACCAUGACUUGGCAUGUCAGUAUCUGGCCUUGUUUCAGAGUGCUUGUACCGUGGAUGUGAUGGCUGAUGUUUUAAAUUUGGCCUGUGACGACAUCAGCGUGUCCCAGCUAUCGGCUCUACUCAGCCUGUACAGGAAAGUGGCUGUGUCUCAAGAGGGUAGAGCCACUAAAGUGUUGGAAGGAGUAAGACGCUCCCUGAACAGCAUUUCCAAGGCCUUUUCCCAACUAACUAUCAACCCCAACCACCUCCAACUUCUUGCAGAACUUUCAUCCGACCUGAAGAUUAUUUUACUGCAGCAUUCUAAAGAUGGGCGUGAACUUUACGGAGCACUCUACAAGGUGCCUGAACGUGCAGAAAGUCAAAAAGGAAAGACAUCACAAGCUUGGCCGCCGUGCUCUAGAGUGGCUAAAGUUUCCGUCUGCCCGAGGGCUCUGCUGGCUCUUCGAGAGCAGACGCAGGCCUUUGACCAAAAGAUGAGACACGGACUCCUCAAGGAGUCCUCUUUGCAUGAUGGGCGAGUGCAAAGGCCUGAAGAGGGUCGCAUUUCUCAACCGAGAUGUGAUCAAGAAAAUACCUUAACGCUUCACUUCAAAGAAAUCGUUCAACAAAUGGAAGAAUACUUGAAUCCGCUCCUUUCUCACUUUGAUUUCACUUUCUUGAGUUCCCAAGAGUCAACUGUAUCAGUUUCUGAAACAACCCAAGACAAAAGUGAAGAAAAGAAAGUAUCCUUAAAUGAAGAAGAAGCUACAACAAAAGAGUUUGUGGUGUUACUGGCAGACUCCAAAUUGAUGGAGUUGCCAUUAGAGGCCUUGUCUGUCCUUGAGGGAGACCUACUGAACUCUGUAUCUCGAGAUUUCUCCCUCCAGCUUCUCUGCAGCCGUAUACCAAAAGAAGAGCCUGUCAAAGUCGCGGAAAAGGAGCCCAAAGGAGGUAAAGGCGGGAAGGGGAAACCCAAUCAGAACCAACCCGUCAAAGUGGUACCUCCUGUCAGUAAUGUCUUGCCUGAACACACCGUCCCAGUGGACACACGGAACUUCAAAUGCAUCUUUAAUGACAAAGAUAUUGUCAAUACCUUCACCACUGUUGAAGGGACCACUCUUGUUGAUCGUAUGAAGAUGAACUGGGGUUCCUACGGUCAGAAUUUUAACAAUUUGUUGCCGGGCUUUGUGGCCAUCAAACAAACUCCAAGUUUGAGUGAGUUGGAGACGGUGCUGUGCAAAUGCAGUGGCUUCAUGUACCUGGGAGCAGAACAUUUCUUGUCCCUGAUCCCACCUGCCAAACUAGCAGCACUCAAUUUGCCAGAAUGUCACUUGGCUCUUCUGUUUGAUCUGGUCCAGAGUAAAACCAGUGCUGUGCACUCAUCGAACCUUGACACGCACAAAAGGGCCGGAAAACGCAGCCUGGAGAAGCCGCUGGAGGUGGCUCUGCUCUUGAGCUUGAUUGGCGUCAACUGCGUUGUCCUCAAUCAGUGGCAUAGCAGCCUUCAAGACAACUCGGAAUACAUCACCAACUUUUUGGACAAUUUUCUCAGCGGCAAACAGACGUGCGGUCAGAUUGUCCAUUUCCUCCGACGAGACGACGACGCAACAGGAUCAAACGAUCACAGUUCUGUCUCUGAUUCAGAUGAAGAUCUUCAGCACAAACCUGAUCUGACACCAUCAGACUUCAAUUGUGUUCUCUAUGGACUCCCCAAUUUAACUGGCACAUAAAGCUAUCCAAUCAAGUCCGAUAGUUUGAUAGAAGCCAUGUGAAAAGUGAAGACUGGAUAUGACACCUACUACAUUCUUCAUGACAUUCUAUUGUUUCAGAGAUAUAGGAUAACAUCAACUUGAAGCCGUUUCCAUGCCUUUUACUUGUGCAAACUCAAAAAGCAUUUCUCAUUCGUCUCAAAUAAAUCAGCAACACGUGGAGAAAAUGAUUCAUAUUCUAUUUUCAACAUGCACCCAGCCCUAAGGUUCCAAAACACCGGGUUGACAUUAGUAUUGUUUAUUUUUGCCAGUUGUAUCCAGAGGACACCGACUGGAGCUGGACUUGUAUAUGGCUUGACCUUUGCGUGCACUUCAUGUAUGCAUGUGGGUCAGUGCGAGAGGGCGCUCCAAAUGCAAACCUUGGAAGCCAGAGGCACUGCAUGAAAAUGUGUUGAAAUGAAAUGUAAUCUUAAAUAAUGAGGUCGUGGCUCUGAUAUCCAUCCUUAAUACGAAAUACUUUUGGACAUUUUUCUUUGACUCUUGGGGUUUCGGGACAGAUCAGCAAGGCACGCCUCUAGAUGACAGCAAUCCAAUGACAUUGAAUUGAAUAGUGGCCACAUAAUGCUACAUUUGCAUUCCCCCAAAAGUAGGUGCUGAACAGUACUGAUCCCUGCGGGACACCACAUG